GAUUUUCUUGUGCUAAUAUAGCUAGCGAGGCCUCACUAUGUCAUCUCAAAGGGUGCAAUUGGAUAUUCAGGACCAUCAUGUAGUUAUGGAUAAUGGCAUACUCCAAGUUACAUUGUCAAAACCAGAUGGAAUUGUUACCAGAAUACAAUAUAAUAGCAUCGACAAUUUGCUUGAAGUUCUUAAUGAAGAAGUUGAAAGAGGGUAUUGGGACCUUGUAUGGAGUGAAGCUGGAAGUGUGGGCACAACAGGAACAUUUGAUGUGAUUAAAGGUACAAAAUUCAAGGUUAUAGUGGAAAGCGAUGAACAAGUAGAGGUCUCGUUCACAAGAAAGUGGAAUCCCUCUCAAAAGGGCAAGCUUGUCCCUCUAAACAUAGACAAAAGGUUUAUUACGCUUCGUAAUUCUUCAGGAUUCUACUCCUACGCCAUCUAUGAUCACUUAAAAGAAUGGCCUCCUUUCAACCUUCCCCAGACCAGAAUUGUGUUCAAGCUCAGAAAAGAAAAGUUUCAAUACAUGGCCAUAGCAGAUAACAGGCAAAGAUACAUGCCCCUUCCUGAUGACCGAUUGCAGGACAGAAGUAAAGUCUUAGACGUACCUGAGGCAGUCCUUCUUGUCAAUCCGAUAGAGCCAGAAUUCAAGGGAGAGGUAGUCAUGGAUAAUGGCAUACUCCAAGUUACCUUGUCAAAACCAGAUGGAAUUGUUACCAGAAUACAAUAUAAUGGCAUCGACAAUUUGCUAGAAGUUCUUAAUGAAGAAGUUAACAGAGGGUAUUGGGACCUUGUAUGGAGUGAAGCUGGAAGUGUGGGCACAACAGGAACAUUUUAUGUGAUUAAAGGUACAAAAUUCGAGGUUAUAUUGGAAAGCGAUGAACAAGUAGAGGUCUCGUUCACAAGAAAGUGGAAUCCCUCUCAAAAGGGCAAGCUUGUCCCUCUAAACAUAGACAAAAGGUUUAUUAUGCUUCGUAAUUCUUCAGGAUUCUACUCCUACGCCAUCUAUGAUCACUUAAAAGAAUGGCCUCCUUUCAACCUUCCCCAGACCAGAAUUGUGUUCAAGCUCAGAAAAGAAAAGUUUCAAUACAUGGCCAUAGCAGAUAACAGGCAAAGACACAUGCCCCUUCCUGAUGACCGAUUGCAGGAGAGAAGUAAAGUCUUAGACGUACCUGAGGCAGUCCUUCUUGUCAAUCCGAUAGAGCCAGAAUUCAAGGGAGAGGUGGAUGACAAAUACGAAUACUCAAGCGAGAACCAAAACCUGCGGGUCCACGGUUGGAUUUGUAUGGACCCGCCUGUGGGGUUCUGGCAAAUAACUCCUAGUGAUGAGUUCCGAUCUGGUGGACCCCUCAAACAGAAUCUCACCUCCCAUGUUGGCCCCACAUGUCUUGCUAUGUUUCUUAGUGCUCAUUAUUCUGGAGAGGACCUGGUGCUGAAGCUGAAACCAGAUGAGCCAUGGAAGAAAGUCUUUGGCCCUGUUUUUAUCUAUCUUAAUUCUGUUACGUCCAAUGCAAAUGAUGAUCCAUCACCACUCUGGGAGGAUGCAAAAAGCCAGAUGAUGACAGAAGUGCAAAAAUGGCCUUACGAUUUCCCUGCUUCCAGUGAGUUUCCACCGUCGGAUCAACGGGGUAAUGUUAGUGGUAGAAUACAGGUUCGAGAUAGGUACGUUAGUGAAGAUUGCAUUCCGGGAAAGGGUGCUUAUGUAGGCUUGGCACCACCAGGAGAUGCUGGAUCCUUUCAAAGAGAUUGCAAGGGCUACCAGUUCUGGACUAGGGCAGAUGAGUAUGGCUAUUACUCUAUAAAGAAUAUACGUGAGGGCCAAUAUAAUCUUUAUGCAUGGGUUCCUGGUUUCAUUGGAGAUUAUCGAUAUGAUGCAGCCAUUAACAUAACCGCAGGUUGUGUUAUUGACGUGGGUGAGCUUGUAUAUGAGCCUCCAAGAGAUGGACCAACAUUGUGGGAAAUUGGCAUCCCUGAUCGUUCUGCAGCUGAAUUCUAUGUUCCUGAUCCUAAUCCAAACUAUAUCAAUAAACUUUAUGUCAACCAUCCUGACAGGUUUAGGCAGUAUGGGUUAUGGGAAAGAUAUGCAGAUUUAUAUCCUGAUCAAGACUUAAUUUACACUAUUGGCACCAGCGACUAUGCUAAAGAUUGGUUCUUCGCUCAGGUUACCAGGAAGAAAGAUGAUGACACAUAUGAAGGCACUACAUGGCAGAUCAAGUUUCAACUAGACAAUGUCAAUCAGAGUGGAACCUUCAAACUUCAAAUCUCCCUCGCUACAGCGAAUAUCGCAGAAUUACAGAUUCGGAUAAAUGACCCGAAAGCAGACCCUCCUCUGUUUACAACUGGAGUGAUUGGAAAGGACAACACAAUUCUAAGGCAUGGAAUUCAUGGCCUCUACUGGCUGUAUAGCAUAGGCAUACCAGCCACAUUGCUUGUGGAAGGAAACAAUACACUGUUUCUAACACAACCAAUUAGCAACAGCCCUUUGGCCGCUUUCCAUGGACUCAUGUAUGACUAUAUUCGUUUAGAAGGUCCACCAUCUUCUACUUCCACUAGAGGUGUCAAACCAGCCAAUUAAUAUGGCACCAAACACACCAUUGGAUUAGUGUUAUUCUCCCUGAUUUCUUGUAAUCCAAUACGAUCCAAUUCUAUCACGUAAUCCAAUCCAAUCCCAACCGCCAAAAAUUUAUUGAAUCAAAUAUGUGAAUGUUAUGAGUUUAAU